UCCAUCAAAUGAUAAGCGUGUAAACAAAAACACUCAUUAUCAAUCCUUGUUCACCGCUCCUCUAGUAGAAUUUUCAUUUUCUCAAAGAACUUUAGUUAAGUAAGUGUAAAAUUCGUCUCUGAUUUCUAUGAGCACGCUGUUCGAUUAAAAUGAAUGUUCCUCAAAUGCAGCAACCAGGGCCAGGGAUGCCCCCUGGUAUGCCGCAAGGUCCUGGUCCUGUUCCUCAAGCUCCAUCGUUGAUGCAGUCCUCCGUAUCGCAGCCUCCUGCUCAAGAGAAAUUAGAUAAUAUCUCUAAAGUGAAAGUUUUGGUAAAUCAGCUCAGGGAGUCCAUAAAUUCUGUUAUUAAACACAGCACAUCAACUCUGCAGCACAACAUAAUGAUGGACAUGGGAAUAAAAACUAUUGAUCCACCUGCUGGCCACUUUGAUAAAGUAUUAGAAGAUUUCUACUCUCUUUGUGAUCAGACAGAAAUCCAUCUGAAAACGUCAAUUGAAUGUUUGAAUCAAGGGAAUGCAAGCAAUAGGUAUCUGCCCAUGAUGGUUGCUUCCACAAGGACUGAGCCGUUACCAAAUCAAGAUGCCAACACCCUCACCUAUCCUCAGUAUUUGAAUACUGUCAAAACUCAGGUUGCAUUCACAAAAGACAUUCAUGACAUCCUUGCGUCCGCUGCACAAAAUAUUAAUGCUACUGAGUGAGCCGUAGUAAUCCAAAUGCCCUUUUUGUCAAACUCUGAUGGGCCUCUAUUGACUAUACGAAUGGAGCUACCACUAUUUUUAAUAUGACAAUCUCUUUAUCAGACUAAGAAAAAGUUAAAAGCUCAAUGAUAUUUAUAGCAUUACUGAAAAUGUCCAUUUGCAUCAUUGGUCUGACAGGACAUGCUGCAAAUAUUUUCUACUCAAAAUUAACUGUUGGCUCAAGUCGAAAAAUAUGUAUUUCCCUCACGACUUUUCCCUGGAAAUACACAGUAAAAAUGCACUUGCCAAGGAGUCUUUGUAGGUUCAUUAAAUGAGAUUCACUGAGUCAAGUAGGUGCUUGCAAGUCAUGUUCAUAACGAAGGAAGCACCAACACCCAUAUUAUGUUUUUGAGCCAUAGCUUGCAAACUAAUAUCUGUAAAUAUAUUUUGAUACAAUGAACCCUUUGAAGACCCACUACAUCAAAAUGGAAUUAAGUAAAAAAAAAAAAAAAAAAAAAAAAAAAAAAAAAAAAAAAAAAAAAAAAAAAAGGGCGUCUACCAAAUGAUCCAGUUAAUUUUAAUAAUGUCUUAAGAAAGUGUUCUUCGCAUGUUUAUAAUUUGUCUUUUCCCAAAAAUAUCAGGUACUUACUUAUUCCUUAAAGAAAA